CUCGUAUUAACCAAAUAAAAAUUAAUAAAAAAAAAAAAUUCCAAAAGAAACGGAAACAAAUUAAGAAAGAAGAGAGGAAGAAAAAAAAAUGCUGAACAGAGCAAUUGCUUCUGCUGUUUCUUCAGUCACUUCUUCUUCUUCCUCCGUUUCUCUCUUACCCAAAUCCAAACCUUUCUUCUCUGUCAAAACCCUCUCCGGAUCAUCUCGUUCUCCAUCUUUCUGCGGCGGCUUCACUCGUAGAAUCGACCAUAAGCCUCUCCGUAUGACGACUCGAGCUAUGGCUACGCAGCAGCUCGAGAACGCCGAUCAGCUCAUCGAUUCCGUCGAAACUUUUAUCUUCGAUUGUGACGGAGUGAUUUGGAAGGGAGAUAAAUUGAUUGAGGGAGUUCCUGAAACUCUUGAUAUGCUCCGUGCCAAGGGAAAGAGGUUGGUUUUUGUCACGAACAACUCUACAAAGUCAAGGAAACAAUACGGCAAAAAGUUUGAGACUCUUGGCCUGAAUGUUAACGAGGAGGAGAUAUUUGCUUCUUCUUUUGCUGCAGCUGCAUACUUACAAUCUAUUAAUUUCCCAAAAGAUAAGAAGGUCUAUGUAAUUGGUGAGGAGGGUAUCUUGAAAGAGCUUGAGCUUGCUGGUUUUCAGUACCUUGGAGGUCCAGAUGAUGGUAAAAGGCAGAUUGAGUUGAAGCCAGGAUUUUUAAUGGAGCAUGAUCAUGAUGUGGGAGCUGUUGUGGUUGGAUUUGAUCGCUAUUUCAACUACUACAAAAUCCAGUAUGGAACACUCUGUAUCCGCGAAAACCCGGGUUGUCUUUUCAUUGCUACAAACCGAGAUGCUGUCACACACCUUACCGAUGCUCAAGAAUGGGCAGGUGGUGGCUCUAUGGUUGGUGCUCUUGUUGGAUCCACUCAACGUGAGCCUCUUGUUGUUGGAAAACCUUCAACUUUUAUGAUGGACUAUUUAGCAGAUAAAUUUGGAAUCCAAAAGUCACAGAUAUGCAUGGUGGGUGAUAGAUUAGACACUGACAUUUUGUUCGGGCAGAAUGGUGGUUGUAAAACUCUGCUUGUUCUCUCGGGUGUUACUUCAAUCUCAAUGUUGGAAAGCCCUGAGAACAAGAUACAACCAGAUUUCUACACCAGCAAGAUUUCUGAUUUUCUUUCCCCCAAAACAGCUAAUGUAUAGGCAAGAAACUGAAUCGUUUCAUGGGUUUAUACGGUUUUCUCUAAGUCUUUUCUGUUUCUUGCUUUGUUUUGGCGAGCUUAUUUUAGUUGCACUGCCUUCUGUGUGCAUAGUGAAUUAGCAAGCCAACGAGUCAUGUUUUAGGAAGAGUUUUACAGAAUUGAAUGUUAAAAUGAUGAACCAGUGCACUGAUAUGUAAGAGUUAAGACUCUUCAUCGACCUUUAAAUCCAUUUGUUUGUGGUUAUUUA